AUGUUCAAGAAAGCUCUCCAAGACCACCCAGGUAGUGGCACGAAACCUCUUCACCAGACAGACUUAUUGCGUGCCAAUGCAGCGGUUCACUCGAAAUCACAACCACAAUCUGGUGGCGUCAAACGAAAAAUUGAAGUGGCCCAGUCCUCGUUGGGGUCCCUCCAUAACGCGGUAUAUUUCGAUGAGAAUGACUUCGAUGAUGAUCUGGACCUCGAUGAGCCAGAGCCACUGAUUGCGCCGAGCGUUUCUGGCUCCGCCAUCUCUCAGACAGUCACAUACCCAAGCUUGAACACUACAUCAAGAAUUGGUCAGGCUGUGUAUGGCAACGAAAAUCCAACAGACGUCAAUUACCCUGAUCUUCCAUCCAUAUCCCAAGAAGCAGCAGAAGCCCCCCUAGCAGCAUGCAGUUACCGUGGUCAUCAUCACCGCCCUCCCAUUUCCAACCGCCCGUCAAGAAACCUCAGCUUUGUGACUCCCAAGCGUUCAAGACCCGCAGAACCAUGGAACAAGUCCGAGAGCACUAUCAAGGCAGAACAGAAAGAGUUGCGACAAGAAUACAAAAAGACCCAAAAAACCGACGCGAAUUCGAAACCAAAGGAGAAUUCCAAGAUUGCCUCUGUUUUCUUGAGUGACGAGCAAAGAGCUGUUCUUGACGCUGUUGUCGACCGCGGAAAGAGCAUGUUCUUCACUGGUUCUGCCGGAACGGGAAAAUCAGUUCUCAUGAGAGAAAUUAUUGCGAAGCUGCGCAACAAAUAUCGCAAAGAACCCGAUCGAAUUGCAGUCACAGCAUCAACAGGUCUUGCGGCCUGCAAUAUCGGGGGUGUGACUCUCCACAGUUUUGCCGGAAUUGGUCUAGGCAAAGAGCCAGUGCCCGAACUAGUCAAAAAGAUUAAGAAAAACCAGAAAGCUCGAAAUCGCUGGCUCCGUACCAAAGUCCUUGUUGUUGAUGAAGUCUCCAUGGUAGACGGGGAUCUAUUUGAUAAGCUCGAAGAGAUUGCCCGACGAAUUCGCAACAAUGGCCGUCCCUUUGGAGGAAUCCAGCUUGUUGUAACAGGCGACUUCUUCCAACUACCCCCCGUCCCGGACGGAAGCAACCGGGAGGCAAAAUUUGCAUUUGCAGCUGCUUCCUGGACAACUUGUAUCCAACAUACCAUUCUUUUAACCAACAUCUUCCGUCAACGAGAUCCGGAGUUUGCUGAUAUGUUGAAUGAAAUGCGAUUGGGGAAAAUCACCCCUCGCACGAUUGAGGCCUUCAAAAGGCUCUCUCGUCCCCUUGAUGUUAAAGACCAGAUCGAAGCAACAGAACUGUUCCCAACGCGCGCUGAAGUGGAUGGUGCCAACUCUGCACGAAUGGGGAGACUUUCUGGCGAGAUUAUGAGGUUCAACGCGGUGGAUUCUGGGACAAUCCAGGACCCUCAGCAUCGCGAGAGACUGCUGGCCAAUUGCAUGGCCCCUCCCAUGAUUCAGUUGAAGAAGGGUGCUCAAGUGAUGCUCAUUAAGAACAUGGAGGAUUCGCUUGUCAAUGGUUCUAUUGGAAAAGUGGUAGCCUUCAUGAGUGAAGAUUACUUUGAUUCCUACAAGGAAAACGACAAAAAUUUCACUGACGACGCGACUGCAAGCGAUGAUGAGCGGGCUCAUCGAGCUCGGAAAAAGCUCAAACCCAUGGGCUACAAAGAGGGCCCAGCCUCAAUGGCUCGGAAAUGGCCGCUAGUAUCUUUCCUUCAGCCUGAUGGGUCAGAACGUCACUUAUUGUGUCAACCGGAGACGUGGAAGAUUGAGCUUCCUAAUGGAGAAGUGCAAGCCCAGCGUCAACAAGUUCCGUUGAUAUUGGCGUGGGCGCUGUCCAUCCACAAGGCUCAGGGCCAGACUCUUCAACGUGUGAAGGUUGAUCUGGGCCGAGUGUUUGAAAAGGGCCAGGCUUAUGUUGCACUGAGUCGAGCGGUGUCACAGGAGGGACUCCAGGUUACUCGAUUCGAGCCUCGAAAGGUGAUGGUGCAUCCAAAAGUGGUAGAAUUUUACUCCAAACUUGUCACGAUCACAGAGGCCAACAAGUCCAAGUCAUCAAGUGCUUUGAACCCAGAUGACUUUGAUGAUGAUGACUUUUGA